GAAGUCGGUCGGUCGGAGUGGCGGCGGGGGCUUUGCGGCGGGGCUCAGUCUUUUCCCUGGACGGAGCCAUGGGGCGCUUGGGCACCGGGGAGCGGUCGCCGGUGUAGUCCGCGCGGCGCCUGGCUGAGGAGGCCUGUGAGGGCGGCCGCCCGAGCGCCGGCUCUGGCGCUAUGGCCCCCAUGGGCAUCCGCCUGUCCCCUCUCGGGGUGGCCGUGUUCUGCCUGCUGGGGCUCGGCGUGCUUUACCACCUCUACUCGGGCUUCCUGGCCGGCCGCUUCAGCCUCUUCGGCCUGGGCGGCGAGCCGGGCAGCGGCGCGGCGAGGCCGGCGCCCGCGGCCGAUGGGGGCACGGUGGAUCUGCGCGAGCUGCUGGCCGUGUCUGUGUUGGCCGCCGCCCGUGGCGGCGAGGAGGUGAGGCGCGUCCGCGAGAGCAAUGCCCUCCACGAGAAAUCCAAAGGGAAGACGCGGGAGGGAGCCGACGAGAAGAUGACCAGCGGCGACGUCCUGUCCAACCGCAAGAUGUUCUACCUGCUCAAGACCGCCUUCCCCAGCGUGCAGAUAAAUACUGAGGAGCAUGUGGAUGCAGCUGAUCAGGAGGUUAUCUUAUGGGAUCAUAAUAUUCCUGAGGAUAUCCUGAGGGAAAUAACUACCCCGAAAGAGGUACCAGCAGAAAGCGUUACUGUCUGGAUUGACCCACUUGAUGCUACACAGGAGUAUACAGAGGAUCUUCGAAAUUAUGUCACUACUAUGGUGUGUGUGGCUGUAAAUGGCAAACCUGUGCUAGGAGUAAUACAUAAGCCAUUUUCUGAAUAUACAGGUUAUAAAGUUUUGGCACUCUUAGAUGUGCCAGAUAAGAGUCAAGAAAAAGCUGAUCUGUAUAUCCAUGUGACAUACAUCAAGAAGUGGGAUAUAUGUGCUGGCAAUGCCAUCUUAAAAGCGCUUGGGGGGCAAAUGACUACCCUGCGUGGUGAAGAAAUUAGUUACACUGGUUCCGAUGGCGUUGAAGGGGGACUCCUUGCGAGCAUCAAGAUGAACCACCAGGCUCUGGUCAGAAAACUCCCAGAUCUGGAGAAGAUAGGACACAAUUAGCAUAACUGACUGCAAGGCCCAGCUCUUCCAGAGCCUGAACCUCCAGAAGCUUCAAGGGGUGUUUCUAUGCGGAGACUAUGCAUGGUUAAGGCCUUCCGAACUUUUGAGUAUUUAUGAAGCAUCAGAGACUUAUUUUCCCUGUAAUAGGAUGCAAGAUCAGGGAGAAUGGGUUGCUUUGUGUCUCAAGUAUUGUCUUUAUUUUUGAGACUAUUUUCGUACAGUUGUCAUACACAAGGCACAUAUAUAUAUUUGUGAAUUAAAAUCUAUAGCUGAGUCUACAUGGUUAUGAGUCACCAUUUUCACACAACAUCAUGAAUCUUCACUAUUAGUAUUUUCAUAAAGAAUUUGGCUGAAGAAAGGAUUGAUUUUGUGUAGAUGUUUAAUAUAACUUUAUAAUUAAAUCUCAUUGAAAAUAAAGUAAUUGGGGAUUUUUACUCCUAAUUUGGAUGGAAAGCACAAGAAACCACACAUCCAUUAAUAUGCAACAAAUGCUCUGUUACUGAGUGUUUCUUAUGGAUUAAAAUAGAAAAAAGCUUAAAUGGAUUUUUUCUUUGAAAGUUUAGUAACAGAUUCACCAGCUAAUAGAAAAUAUAGAUAUGAUGGUUUGCAUUGUAUUGUAAUUUCUGUGUGUGUGGUUUUU